GGCCGAUCACAACUGAUAGAUCCCCAAUUUCCCACUCUGGGUUUCACACUUUAGCAUUGCCUCUCUCUCAAUCUAUCAAUCCAUCUCUCACAUGGUCAUAGAUUCUGGACAUGUAGUCGUUGUUUUCCAUAAAAUAAACAUGCCGCAAAGCACUACCACAAGGCUGCCUGAGUGCGAACUCUAGAUGCUGGUCCAUGGUUAUCCGACAAUGCUGCAGCUGCAUUCGCCGAGGAUGUUGGAUAAUGGGUUGUUCUAGAUUCUGUUACUUCUUGCGAUUUUGAGGGGAAGGCUGUGACGAUGGGUGAAAUUUUGGGCGGGUACAGCAAGUUCGAGAGAAGAUAUCGGUGGAUGAUCGUAGAGAAGAAAUGUGAGGACUCGAAGGCCACUGCGGUGGCAGAUGUGGUGAGCAUCGUCGGGGUGAGCAUGGAGGAGACGAUUGAAGCGGGAGUUGUGACUGGAGUGGUGACGGAGGCAAUGCCGAGGAGUAUUGUGAAGUGUUUGGGGAGGAAGACCGGUGGAAUUGAGAAGAUAUGCGGGGAGAAUCAGGCUAGUCGUGCUACCGCUUGGGUGACGAAGACCACUGCCAAGGAAAAGAAGGUUGAGAAGGUGAAGAUAAAGAAGAAAAAGAAGAAAGUGAUAUUGAGUCCUGUUGAAGCGGAUGCGGGUGAUGGGGUGGAGGUAUGCAAGGUUAAGGGAGUCACUGUAACAGAUCAGGAGGAAAGAGUCACGGUGGGUGAGGACAAGGUGAAGACUGGACAGGAAAAGAUGAAGCAGAAGGUUGUGCAAUCUAUAAAACUCGGCUCGAAGGUCUUUAACACGCGUGAGGAGAUGUAUUCCUAUUUCUACCAUUUGUUGUAUGGCUGGAAACUCGACCAAAACCUUGACCAACAUGAGUUUGAGGUGUUGAAUGACCUCGUCACUCUAUCGAACCCCCACAAGGUUGCAGGAGGAAUUGUGGCUUUUCAAGUCCGCAUUCACCCCGACUGGCAAAGCAGGUGCUACUUUCUGAUUCGCAAGGACGGAUCAGACGAUGACUUCAGUUUCAGGAAAUGCGUUAACACCUUGAUGCCUCUGCCGGAAAAUCUUUUCAACAGAAACUGUGAUUUAAACCUCAAGAAACACUUUCCAGGGCAGAGAAACACACACAAUCAAGUCAAGCGUGGGAACGAGAGCCGCAAAGAAGGGUUGGCUCUUCACAUGCAGCAGCAAAGGAGGCGCUGUCCUUUAACAUGCUUGCAAUGGAUAUGGUGGUGGCAGUAGCUUAACAUUCAGUAAUUACACCGUAGCCCUGCUAGCACACCAUUUUUGAUAAUCAGAUGAAACAGGAAGACAAUACUUCACCCAUGUAGUUGCCCAUCAGGAAACACUCUUUUUUGCAUCAUUUUGACAACUUCGACUAGUUCUAUUGUUAGCAUGACCUUGUGAAUUUGCAAUUUGUUUGUUUUGGAUAGCUGCUCUAGAGGCUUCUCUGUUGUGUAACUAAAUUACUAAACGACCAUAUUAGUUAUUUGCAAGAUCUACAACCUUAACAUACAAGCAGCAGCCUUAA